AUGGGUAACUGUAAUUGUGGACUAGAGGAUAUACCUGAUCCCCCUAAUCCACCUUAUAACAGAAGGAAAUAUUUGGUACCUGCCGAAUUGGAAAUUCUAAGAGUUUCUACACGAAAAGUAUUUACAGUUUUUUGUAAUACAUUUCAUAAAGUUGAAAUCCUGAAAUAUAUGAUCUAUGCAGAGACUCGUAUUCCACCCAACAACCAGAAAUUACUAUUCAACAACGAAAUCUUGUACGACCAUCAGAUAUUGUCUGCCUGCGGUGUCGAGGAUGGAUACAGAAUCGAUUUGUAUGAGUUAACUUCUGGACUACUUCGCAGAAAGAAUAGUCCUAAUUCCCAUCAGAAUCGUGGUCUUCUCAAUCCGACAGUUGCAGUGACAGUAGAUUGGGUAAAUACUGGGAGGAAUUUUGUAAUUUAUGAUUGGUACUCACGUGAUAGUAUUCUUAAACUGAAAUUCAGAAUCGAAGAAGUGACGAAACUUAGACCAUUUAGGCAGACAUUGAAAUACGAAGAUAUAAUCUUGCCAGUCAAAGAUAGUCUUUUUGACUACGGUGUUAUACAUAACUGCACAAUCAAAUUGUACGAGAGAUGA